AUGGAGGCGACUUGUGAAACUGAAGAGCCGGUUUCCGGGGAACUGGUAUCCGUGGCACAUGCUCUUUCUCUCCCAGCCGAGUCUUAUGGCAACGACCCUGAUAUUGAGAUGGCAUGGGCCAUGAGAGCAAUGCAGCAUGCUGAAGUCUACUACAAGUUGAUUUCAUCAGUUGACCCACAGUUCCUGAAACUCACCAAAGUGGAUGACCAAAUCUAUACUGAAUUUCGGAAAAAAUUUGAGAAACUCAGGAUAGAUGUAUUGGAUCCAGAAGAACUUAAAUCAAUAUCAGCUAAAGAGAAGUGGAGGCCAUUUUGUUUGAAGUUUGAUGGGGUUAUAGAAGACUUCAACUAUGGUACUUUGCUGCGACUGGAUUGUUCUCAAGGCUACACUGAGGAAAACACUAUCUUUGCCCCCAGGAUACAAUUUUUUGCCAUUGAAAUUGCUCGGAACCGGGAAGGCCAUAACAAAGUAGUUUACACCAGUGUUCAAGACAAAGAAGAAGAGAAAGGAGCCAACAGAGGAGAAAAGGAGAAAACCAGCAAAGGAGAAGAAAAAGAAAAUGAAGCCAAUGAAGGAAUCAACAAACCUGGUGAAACAUCUAUGUAA